GAAGGAGCCUGAACUUUCCCCUCUGGAGUGAGAAGAAGAAGAAGGAGGGAGGGAGGGAGAGAGAGUGUGAGAUGGAGGGGGCGGGUAGCACGCGGCUGGGGCGGUCGUCCACACGAUACGUGUCGACGACGGUGUUCAGCGGCCCGGUCAGGAAGUGGAAGAAGCAGUGGGUGGAGAUAUCCCCUCCCUCCGCCGCCAACAACAACAACAGCAGUAGCAACAACCACAAUCACGGCCACAACCCACCUUCCUCCUCCCUCCAUAACUCCUCUACCUCCGCCUCCUCUUCCUCACACCUCCUUCUUUACAAAUGGACCCCCGCGACCGCCUCCAGCAAUGGCGCCACCGCCAAUGGCACGGCCACCGCGAGCAACGGGAACAAGGACGAUUCUUCUCCCACGCCCUCCGAGGAGCCUCCCCGCCGGAAAUUCCGUUAUAUUCCGAUUGUUGCAUUGGAGGAGGAGGAACAGAAGAAAGAGGCUUCAUCGGAGGUUGAUGAAGAAACAAGGCAGAACGACGGGAAUUCUACCGAAGGGAACAAAGGCGACGGAGAUACGGCGCCCAAUUCCACCGAUCUGGAGAUGGAAGACUCUCAGGCAGCUGAGGACUCUUCAGUAAAAAGGGAAGUGAGCGAGACAAGCUUGGACUUGAAUUUGGGUCUGAAAGCAGGAUCUGCUGGUAAAAGGUCUAAUGACAAUGAACAUGGUGCUGAUUCAAAAAUGGCUGAUUAAGUGAUGAUGGAAUUGAGCAUUCCCCACAUCAAUUCAUUUCUGUUGUGGAGAACAAAGCAAGGUGCAGAAUCAUUAAGAACAAGAAAAAAGGAGCGGUUAAGAUGAAGUAUUAAUGCAACAGAAGUGGAGCAAGAGUCUGCACACGAUUAAUCUGUAUUCUCUGAUACUUUUCGUCAUAAUAACUUGGCAGGAUCAGAGAAACUGCUUACCGAUUCAUCAUUACAUUUCAUUCCACUCACCUACAUUGACACUGGGUAAGAAUUGUUUGGCACGAUUUCCUGAGUGCUAGAACACUAGACUUAAGUUUAAGCGCUGCCAUUCUUGGCUUGUACAAGUAUUGAGAUCAUAUCCCCAUUGUGAAUGCUAAUUUGGCCAUUUACAACUUUGUUGCUUCCAA